GGAAGUGCUGGGAGUUAACAUGGCUUCGAAAGGACAGGUCGAGAGUUUAACCGAGGAGGCAAUUUGUUCCAUCUGCCUGGAUUUCUUCACCGAUCCGGUUAUACUGGAGUGCGGGCACAACUUCUGUCGGUCUUGUAUCACACGGUGUUGGGAAAUGGAUGAGAGAAACUCCUGCCCGGAAUGUAGAGAGGUGUUUGCUGACCGCACCCUCAGGGUAAGUUGGGCCUUAGCAAAUCUGGCUGAAAAAGCUCGAAAUCUAAACCUGAACCCGAACGGGAAGGAAAGUAAACGUCACUGCGAGGAACAUGAGGAAGAACUGAAGCUGUUUUGUGAAACGGACAAGACACUGAUCUGUCUGAUCUGUAGAGAUGCGCAGGAACACAGAGAGCACCGCUUCAAGCCGAUUAAAGAAGCCGUUAAAAUCUACAAGGAUCAGCUGAAAUCUACCUUAGAUUCUCUCACAAAAAAGAUUUCAAACUUCCAGGAUAAGGAGCAGCAACAGAAAGAGAAGAUUUCCAGAGUUCGGGAACAGUCACACAGUAUUCAGUCCCACAUCACGUCCCAGUUUGCUGCACUGUGCCAGAUUAUCACUGAGAAAGAGCAGAGCUCACUCAGGGAUAUCAAGAAAGAAGAGGCAAGGAUUCUAAAUCCAAUGGAGAAAAAUCUUGGAGAGAUUCAAGAGAAUAUAAGGCUGAUUCAGGAGGAAAUUUCAAAGUUACAGGAACAGAUGAAUCAAAAAGACGGUGUGUUAUUUCUCAAGGAGGAAGCUCAUCAGAACAGGAGAAUUCCUGAUGAUGUCCAGAAAUUGUCAGUGACAGAUGAGGCCCUACCGGUUGAAAAAUUCGAUCACCCCUAUUUGUUGAUCACAGUGCUGAGAGAAACACUUGAUGCCAUGAAUGGAGUCUCUGUCAUCCUGGAUGUGGAAACGGCGCAUCCAUUUCUUGAGGUGUCUGAGGAUCGGAAGAGUGUCAGAAGGACCAGGAUGCAGAGGAAUCUCCCUGACACCGGGAGGAGAUUUACAGACUGGGAAUGUGUGUUGGGAUCGGAGGGAUUCACAUCCGGGACACAUUACUGGGAGGUGGAGGUGGCAGGGAAUCGGGGCUGGUGGCUGGGAGUCGCCGCAGAUUCUGUGCAGAGUAAGAGAGCAGUCAAACCGAUUCCGGAGACUGGAUUCUGGAUCAUCAGGCGGAGUUAUGACGUGAUAGAGCAGGAUGAUUAUUAUGAUGACGUGAUCGAGCAGGAUGAUUAUUAUGAUGACGUGAUCGAGCAGGAUGAUUAUUAUGAUGAUGUGAUCGAGCGAGAUGAUUAUUAUGAUGACGUGAUCGAGCAGGAUGAUUAUUAUGAUGAUGUGAUUGAGCGAGAUGAUUAUUAUGAUGACGUGAUCGAGCAGGAUGAUUAUUAUGAUGAUGUGAUCGAGGAGGAUGAUUAUUAUGAUGACGUGAUAGAGCAGGAUGAUUAUUAUGAUGACGUGAUAGAGCGAGAUGAUGAUUAUGAUGAUGUGAUCGAGCGAGAUGAUGAUUAUGAUGAUGUGAUCGAGCGAGAUGAUGAUUAUGAUGAUGUGAUCGAGCGAGAUGAUGAUUAUGAUGACGUGAUUGAGCAGGAUGAUGAUUAUGAUGACGUGAUAGAUCGGGAUGGUAAUUAUGACAACGUGAUAGAGGAGGAUGAUUAUUAUGAUGACGUGAUCGAGCGAGAUGAUGAUUAUGAUGACGUGAUCGAGCAGGAUGAUUAUGAUGAUAACAGGAUCGAGCAGGAUAAUUAUUAUGACAUUAUCGAGAGGGAUGAUAAUUAUGAUAACGAGAUCAAGCGGGAUUAUGAUGAUGGUGACCUGAUCCAUGUUCUCACCUCCCCCGUGUCCCAUCUCUCUGUAGGUUCCAUCCCAGGGAGGGUGGGAGUUUAUCUCAGUUACGAGUCCGGAACAGUUUCAUUUUACAACGCAGAGACCAAGUCCCAUCUCUACACCUUCACUGGGAAUAAAUUCACGGAGAAACUUUACCCUUUCUUCGCGACUGUUGAUGAGAACCAGUGGCUGAGAAUCUGCUCCGGUUCCGCUCUGGAAAAAAACCCAUGAAAAAUCUCCUUCAAGAUUCACAAGACAGAGCAACAAAAUCCUGAUUGGCUAACAUGCAUACCACUGUCCUGUUAUCUCCAGCCAUAACCCAAACAUUGCUGCUACAGAGAAACCAUUACCUCAGCAGUGAACAUUACAGAGAAGUCAGUUCAUUAGCCUUAGCAGUGAAACGUUACAGAGAAGCCAUUACAUUAGCAGUGAAUUCUUACAGCACGUUACACUCUCCCCGCAACAAAUUUAGUCAUGUCCUCAUGACUUUGAGAUUAUUCGCCAACCGUUCCUGCAAAACACAAAGCCCAAUCCAGGUGCAAAAGGCAGUGACAUACUGUAGCUCCCCAAAUGGUAGUGAUCGCGCCAUUUCCCUGGCGUUACGUAGGCCAACCUAUCCGGUGGUCUCCUAAUUCUCCUGCUGUAACCCAGGCUGCCCACAGGUAGCUCCGCCGACUUCACCUCACAGCAGGAGAACGGUCGGGUGUCUCGUCCUCAGUCACUGGGGAGUUAGCGAAAGGCAUCAUAUACCACACGGACAGGUCCUCAUUCUCUGAAUCAGUAUCCCUCUCAGGGGUGGGGGCCGGCCUAACCUCAUCGGUUGGGGACACGGUAGUCCCCACGCAUUUCCACUUACUAGCUGUAGGCUCCAACUCGAGCUCUGGGUCUACCUGCACCUCUUGUCUCUGGGGCAACAGGUGGUUCCGAUGGAGAAUCUUGACAGGCCCAUUCCCCUCCUCAGGUUUCACCCGGAAAACUGGUAGGUUUGGCAUCUGACUCUCCAUCACAUAGGGUGUGGCUGCCCAGCGGUCAGCCAACUUAUGCUUUCCAGGUAGCUCCAAAUCCCUUAUGAGGACUCUGUCUCCCAUCAGGAGUUGGGAGAACCUCACAUUUUGAUCAUACCUUCUCUUAUUCCCCUGAUUCUGCUGGGCAGCCGCAACCUCAGCUAUUUCAACCUUUUCAACUCUCUUCUCAUGUCAGACACAUACUUCAGAUAAGUCUUCAGCAGUAAGUUACCCCCCCCAGUCCGAAAACAAAGGUCAAUGGGAACCUCGCCUCGCGCCCAAACAUCAGAUAAUAUUACAAGUAUCCAUAGAACAUUACAGCACAGAAACAGGCCUUUUGGCCCUUCUUGGCUGUGCAGAACCACUUUUCUGCCUAGUCCCACUGACCUGCACCUGGCCCGUAUCCCUCCAUACACCUCUCAUCCAUGUUCCCAUCCAAGUUUUUCUUAUCCAGUUGCUUUAUUUCGCGUAUGUAGGGUUCUCAAUAAUGUUAGAUGGACCGUUAACUGUUAAUUGCCUAUUACAAAAUGGCUUCUCUGAAGUGUUAAAAUAAAAUGGUUUCUCGUACUGUUAACUGCUGAGUAAGGAGUUCUCUGUGUCAGCAUGUUUGGGUUAUACUGAGUGAAAAUGGAAAUUGUAUUCGUUUGCGAGCCAGUGGAAGUCAUGUUACACUCUCGUGUGUGUGUGUGCUGAGCUGAGAAUCGCGGGCUUUAUCGGGAGGAGAGCAGAGGGGACGGACGUGUGGGGACGAACCGCGGUUUCAGUGUGGCAGAUAACAUACCUCGGCAGUUCCGAUGGUGGUCAAUGUCUUGGACAGACGUUGUGGAUGGAAUUGAAGGCAUUAGCUCCAACGUAUUAGGAUAUUAUGUGCACAAGACUGAUAAAUUUACUCAUUUGGCGCCUUUUCUUUUAGUUGUUUCUAAUAACCCAUCAUUACUAGUUGUUAUAAAGUAUAUUUAGUUACUCGCA